AUGGACUCGCGAGCGUCUUCGCUGUCGCCGGUGAUCGACCCGGACGACUCGAGAUCGCCUCCCGUAUCACCUGCACCGCCUGCGCCGAUGACGCUCCUGCAGCCUCGCCAGACCGCCGUCGGACUGAUGCACGCUCACGGAAACCACAACAAUAACAACAACAACAACAACAACGACGUCGACGACGACGAAAUUGACGACGACGACGACGACGACAUUGACGACGACGACCGGCGAUCGUCCGGUGCGACAGCCAAAUCGCCACAUGCACGCGCGCCGCCCUCGCCGUCUGACCAUCACCGGGCGCUGAUCGCCGGGAUCACUGCCGCCGCAGCCGCAGCCGCAGCCGUCGCAGAUUUCAAAGAGCCCAAAGGAGACGGUGUGGAAGACUACCGCCAAACGUUCGAUGGUUCAAAAAACAAUAACAAUAAACAGUUAAAUGGUGCGUCCAAUAAGCAGAGGCGAAGUAGGACCAACUUCACUCUUGAACAGCUCAACGAACUCGAAAGGCUUUUUGAUGAAACCCAUUACCCCGAUGCAUUUAUGAGAGAAGAGCUUAGUCAGCGCCUUGGUCUCAGUGAAGCCAGAGUACAAGUAUGGUUUCAAAACAGACGGGCCAAAUGCCGAAAACAUGAAAGUCAGAUGCAUAAAGGCUUAAUGAUGCACCAGAAUGUAUCUACGCCUCUAGAGCCGUGUCGAGUGGCCCCGUACGUAAACGUGCCAAGACUGCCACAGUUGCAAUUCAAUUCAUCGGCUGCAGCUGCGGCUGCGUUUUCUGCGUUCGAUCCGGCCAUAUUGACUGCCGCACAACAGUUACAUUAUGCAGUGGCCAUGGGAAGAGGUGUUCUGUGCCCUGCGCCGUAUCCUCCGGGUGGUCUGAGUCUAGCUGCUCUUGCAGCAUUACAUCAAGAUAGACUGUUAACCAAAAAUUCUAGUAUAGCUGACUUGCGGUUAAAAGCUAAAAAACAUGCCGAAGCCAUUAGUAGAGACCAAGAGAUUGUUUAA